AAAAAUUUUGAUUCGCUCGCUCUCAGGUCGGAGUACGCCCACUCCGCUCCGUCCCCCCACCACCUCCGAAUCACAUGGCGGCGAUCUUGCAGCCGCCGCGCCACGCCGCGGUGGUGGCGCCGCGGCGGGCGGGGAGGCUCGCGAGGCCGGGGUGCGCGGGGGGGAGGAGGGCGGCGGUGGCGGUGGCGGCUGCCGGCGGCGCCGCCAGGGACAGGAAGCCGCCGAGGCUGGAGGGCGCGAGCGAGGAGCUGAGGGCCGCCGCGGCGCAGUGCCUCGACUGGGCCCCCGCGCGCCGCCGCGUGCGCGGCGCCUUCGCGCCUGUGCUCCCCACCCUCGACCACUGCCUGUUCAAGAUGGCUCCCAAGGGAAUCCAGAUGGAAGAGAAUUUUGAAACCAAUUCAAAGGGGGUUGAGAUUUUCUGGAAGAGUUGGCUGCCUAGGGAGGGCACUGCCACCAAGGCAGCACUUUUCUUCUGCCAUGGAUAUGGUGAUACUUGCACUUUCUUUUUCGAAGGGAUUGCGAAGAGAAUUGCAGCAGCAGGAUAUGCAGUAUAUGCUAUGGAUUAUCCUGGUUUUGGUUUAUCAUAUGGUCUUCAUGGCUACAUUGCCAGCUUUGAUGGAAUGGUGGAACAUGUCAUUGAACAAUACUCACGGAUAAAAGGCAGGAAGGAGGUCCGUGGGCUCCCACAUUUUCUAUUGGGACAAUCAAUGGGAGGUGCAGUGGCUUUGAAAGUACACCUGAAACAACCAAAAGAAUGGGAUGGAGUGCUUCUUGUUGCACCUAUGUGCAAGAUUUCAGAAGAUGUUACACCACCAGCGCCAGUGUUGAAGGCAUUGAGCAUAUUGUCAUGCCUUCUUCCAGAAGCAAAGUUAUUUCCACAAAAAGAUAUUGGAGAUUUGGCAUUUAGAGAUCCAAGUAAAAGAAAAGUAGCUGAGUACAAUGCCAUUUCAUAUACCCAACAAAUGAGGUUGAGGACAGCAGUUGAACUUUUGAAGGCUACAAAGGACAUAGAAUCCCAGUUGGAGAAGAUUUGUUCCCCAUUGCUGAUUCUCCACGGAGCAGCAGACUUGGUUACCGACCCCCAUGUCAGCGAAUUCCUGUACGAGAAAGCUAGCACAAAAGACAAGACUCUCAAGCUCUACGAAGAUGGAUAUCAUUCUAUCUUAGAGGGUGAACCUGAUGACCGGAUUUCAACUGCCAUUAACGACAUCAUUUCAUGGCUGGAUUCGCACUGCUGAAUACCAUUAUACAUUGUCUUGUUGAUCUGCUGUGCUGUCUCAAUUUAAGUAGGAAAUGAAUCGCAUAAUAAAUAGGAGUCGAUCUGUACGUGUUCGCUUCUUUAAGAGAGUAAAAUAAUGCAUAAAUUUUGGGAACAUGAAAGGCUCGAAACGUUCUCUAGUUUUGUUUGUUGUUGGUGGUGGCUGGUAA